CAAAAUACCCGAUUCUGGUUACUUUCUCACCAGGCCACCCAUGAUUCCUCCACUUGCACUGCUCGCUUGAAAAUACUAGUGGAAGAGCCUUCCGGAAUCCCGGUAAACGGGUAUUAGUGACGAUACCGCUAAUUUCUCACCCUUUUUGUACUAUUUGCUGAAAGAUGAUUGACUAUACGUGCCCAAGUCUGGUGGUCCGAAUGCUAUUCUAGCCUUGUUCGCUCCUGAGCUGAGACACUGUCUGAGGAGACUUUGGGGUUUCCAGUAAUGGGGCGAAAUAGUGGGUACGGAGACAUGACAAUCAAAAGGACCUCGAUCGCCUCUGUUUCUUGGAUCUCGUUUUCUUUGGCGGGUUAACCUCUCUUUGCCUAUCUGUGCAAGAUGUGGUCAUCAACGAAACGACCUUGGCCUCUGGCCGCUCUGAUCUUCACUCUUUUCUGCUUGGCCAUGAUCUGGAUGGGAUCUUAUCGGCCUAGCUUCCCUCAUCCGCCCAGCGUGGAACCGAGCAGCACGGUGGAAUGGAGCAGCACGGUGGAAUGGACUAACGCGGUGGAAUCGAGCAUUGUGGGAUCGAGCAGCGCGACACCGAGCGUGGUACCGAGCAACUUGGAACAGCACGUUGUGGAAUUGAGCGACAACAAGACCAGUAAUUCGACGCUAGGAUUUGAAAAGAUCUUUUUCAUCAGCUUACCACAACGCCUAGAUCGUCACGAUGCAAUCACCCUGAUUAGCUCAAUGACUGGAGUGACGCCGACACUUGAGCCGGGAGUCAAUGGCAGUUUAUUACAGGAGAAGGUAAAGCCAGAAGGCAGCGGAAACCUUCGACCUGAGCAGCUGGGAUGCUGGCGGGCACAUGCGAACGUUUGGAAGCGGAUGCUUGACGAAAACAUCGAAUCGGCAAUGGUUAUCGAGGACGACGUGGAUUGGGAUAUUAAUGUCCGCGACAUUUUCGCCGACAUGAGCCACCAGCUUGCUCAGCAGACUUUGUUCCCGAAUUUAGUGCCGCAGCCGGACGCUCCAUACGGUCGUGAUUGGGAUCUAUUGUAUGUUGGUUCUGCUUGGGACAUCCCGAAUAACGACAAUCGUCCACCUCAUCUUCUUUAUCACGACCCGAAUGCGCCUACGCGUGAGAAUACCGGCGGCUCUUAUAUCGGCGAACUCGAGGGAUGGGGUGCGAAAGUGACGGAAAAUACUCGACACCGCUUGAUUGCGCCUUCCUGGUACCCUGUAUCCACGAUAGGAUACGCAGUCACGAAGAAAGGAGCACAGAAGCUACUAUACAACCUCGGGGGAUAUAAGGGACUUUCGGCACCAGUCGAUUUGGCCAUGAUAGGACUUCUGCAAAAAGGCGUCGUGGACUCAUAUACGAUCAUCCCUCCGAUAAUCACGCGGUACCGAACAGGAGGAUCGCGGGAUAGCGAUAUUGAUGAAGUCAAACCAGAAGAUGCCGAGGCGAAGACGGGAUCUGAGAAUUUGAAUAUGGGCGCCAGGAAGGCGAUGGAAAAACUUCAAGAAAAAUCACCUCAUUAAUUGCCAAGUUCAAACUCAGUUGAAACUUGCCGGUUCAAGGAUUACAGAUACUAUUUACAAAUAUACCCACUAUUGCACAGUUCAGACAAACAUUUCUUGAUCGAAGUCUGGCGUCCCCAGGGCACAAGAGGAUACACAUGAAGGGACCUGUCGUGCAGCCCCUGUCUGCCUGGUUGGAUGCCGAUUACCCACCAGGAAGCCGCAGCUGGUAGCUGCAGGACCCGCCAUACCAAGGUGCACAUUGCGGCAUACAAAGCCUGCUCACAUAUAGCCAUUAUUGGCCAUUCGGGUCUCAGGAGAAUCUUGCUUGCCUAUCAAGCUCUCAUCCACGUGGUAUGAUGGCCAUGGUAGGGGAGGCGAACUAGAAUGCUCAAAGUUGAUGGGAUCGAGAUGUACAACGGGGUAUUUCCAUAUCUCCCUCGCAAUCGCCCAAGUCCAUCUGGGCCUUCGAUCGGAACAGCAGUCUUAAUCGAAUACAU